AUGAGCGAAUAUCAAUCCAGCUUUGUGAUUAACCCAACUCUGGAACAAUCCCAUGAUUCAAAGUCAGAAAUUAAUUAUCGUGAUUUAAUUGUUUUACACCUUGAUGGUCGUGUUCCUAAAACUCUUAAUGUUUUUAUUAUUUAUCGAAAAUUGUUUGUUGAAACUGCUCUAUUAGUGGUUAUAACUUAUUAUCUUCAAUGGCAUCUUGUUCAUGGGAACAAGAACCUGAUGAAAGAUCAAUGGAAGACUAUUUCAUUCGAUAAACCUUCUACUCGUAAAGUUAAAACUCCUAAACCUAUGAAAAUUGUUAAUAAACCCACAAAACAUCAACAACUUGAUUCACCUGUAUCUACUCCUGAAUUGCUUAGUGAUUCUCCCGAGUUAUCAACAACUUCUAGCAGUAAUAGUUCUCCUAGUAUAAAUAAUUUCGAUUUUGAUUUAGAAAUUUCUUUUGCUCAAUAUCUUGAUUUGCCAAUUCAAGCAGACCAAGAAUUCAAUAAUAAUAAUAUAAAUAACUUGUUAUUAACUG